UUUCUUUGCAUUACAUCACAUUUUAUUGUUUUGCAUCGCUGCCACCACCCGUCCUCUCGCCCGCUUAAUUUUUGCAAAAUGUAAUAGAGAUUGCGGUAUGGAACAGUUAUGGGACCCUCGCGUGUCUUCUCCUUUAUGUAUUGUUUUUAGGAGGAGAAUGGUGCCAUCUUCGCCUUUUGGCCUACCUUUCUUAUCCAUGAGGAUUCUUUGCAAAGCGUAUCCUAAGUUGCCUUUGCUGUGCUUGUCAUUGCAAGCUUUAUAAUGCAACUGAAGGCUCAGGGUGGUGGAACAGCCUCUCCAGUAUUGACAAUUAAUUUUUUUACAAAAUAACGUAUUUAUAGUUGGAAGAUUUCAUUCAUGAAUGGACUGAAGAAGGCAAAAGGUUCCUGCAAUGGCAGAAAGUCGCUUGGCAGAAAAUAAGAGACUUCGGAGGAGUUCCCCCCUUGGCAAGAACAAGAGAAAAACCGCAAGUGGCAAGCGUGGGGUGGAAGCAAAAGGUGCAUUGCCUUUCGUUCCAAACUCUUCUAUUCUGUCCUUUUUUAAUCAUGUUCCCCCUGUCAGAAUUGCCUGCCCUUUGUGUGGGCAGAUGGUACCAAGAUGUGAAAUCAACCAACAUAUCGAUGAAGUGUGUCAAAGCCAGGAUGAUGGGAUUCUGGUCGACUCUGCUCCUGAGGUGGCCACUGGUCUUUCAGCAGAAAGUGAGCUUGAGCACUCCAGUCUGUAUUUUCCAAAGAAUGCCUCCACUCCAGAGAAGAACCCAAACCACCCAGUAGGUGAGCGCUCUGAAACAAACAUGGAGGCAACAGGUCAGACGAGCCCGUAUUUUAAGAAAGGCGGAGCUCUAGUACUGAGUGAAAGUGAGCCAAGGGGUCGUACAGUUAAAGCCCUCUCCCUGGGACGCUUGUCGAGCAAAUUGUUCCAGCGGCGGCGCACUCAGGCGGAGCCCUGUCCAGCCCAAAGUGCGUGCACCAGCCCUGCGGACGGCUCUCAGAAGGAAAACCAGCUGCCUUCCUCCAGCUUUCAGGGACCACCGCCUAGUCCAACAGCAAGUUUAACAAGCAAGCCAGAAACUCUGGGAACGGCGUGGGAGCAUCCUGCGGGAACCUUGAGUAGCGAUUUGAAUGGUUCUACUUCAGUUUUGUUUCCAUCAAGGGAUUUUCAUUUCCAAGAACUUGGACUUCCAACAGGGAGCAGCGGCCAGCAAAAUACUCCAAAGGAGCACUCCGUCUCAGAUCUUUGCAAUCCUGUAGAAUGUCCAGUAGCUUACCGUAAAGAAGGGCUCUCUGAUUUGGAAAUGGGAGCCCUCUCCUCCAGCGAGCAAGAUCCGUUGUCCAGUGCAGAGGGGGCGUACCAUAAUCAAACCCCAAAUGUCUCUGCUAUGGGGGGUGACAUGGAAGUGCUUCCAAUGGGAGAUCAUGGGGAUUUAAGCCAUAAAAUAGACCUGGGAUCUUCAGAAGAUGAAGAAGAAGCGGAUUUUCAGACUCGACACAACAGCAUUUUAGAAUUGGUCCUCAGGGGCCCUAACCUGAUGUCGGACUCAGGAGGGCAUCCCUAUUACCUCCGGAAUUUCCUGGUGGUCCUGCAAACGGUCCUGGAGAAUGAGGAUGACCAGCGCCUGUUCAACGAGCAGGAUUUGGGUGCCAUUGCUACCUUCUGCCAGCUGACAGCUGAAGGACAGAAGCUGUACGUCCGGCUCUUUCAGCGCAAGCUGAGCUGGAUAAAAACCGCCAAAAUAGAAUACACGGAGAUCAGCCAGGAUCUCUCUCCAGCCAUUGGGGAGCUUGUGGAAGCGGGCCUCCUGCAGUCGGAAGCAGAAUUACAAGAUCUGAGAGAGGUGCUUGACUUACUCACUGCUCCUGAGCUGAAAACCUUGGCAAAGGCAUUCCACCUGGCAAACCUCAGUGCUCCGAAACAGCAGCUCCUGGAAGGCUUCCUGAAGCUGGCGAAACAGCGCUCAGUCUUCAGCAGCAACCAAGCUGGUGUGAGAAGUGUGAUUCUAAAAAGGGCUAAAGAUCUGGUGGGGAAGUGCAUCCGGGUUUGUAAAGGCCCCCGGUCUGUCUUCUCUCACGUGCUGCUGCUCUUUUCCCUGACGGACCCUGUGGAAGAUGAAGAAGCCGGCAGCGGGGGCCAGGGUCCGCUCUCCAUGAUGCUGAUGGUCAACAUGGGCCGGACUGUCUUUCCCACGUACACUGUGAACAGGAAAACUCCAAUAUUUCAGGACCGGGAAGAUUUCCUUAGGUAUGCUGCGGCUCUGCACAUGUCAAAUGACUUACGUGUCGUCAUGGCCAAUGGGAACUGGAAAGAGGCACACAGAAUUUAUGAAAUGGCAAAAGACACCUGGAAGGGGUUGAAAUGCCACCCUUCUUUGAGGUAUCACGCGGCCCUCCCAGAAUACUUGAGACGCUUCACAGUGGGAUGGGUGCACACGCGGAUCCUCUCGCGGGGCGUAGAGAUCUUGCAGCGGCUGAACAAGUAUGAGGAGGCCGUGGAGCUCCUUCACGACCUUUUGGCCCAGGAGACCUACUGCAGUGACAGCCGCGGACAGUGGUGGGACCGCCUGUGCCUCAACUUGCACCAGCACCUGAGGGACAUGGAGAAGGCCAUUGCCUGCCUCAGGCAAGGACUGCUGGAUCCGUCCGUUCGCACGGGCCAUCGUCUCUCCCUUUCCCAACGGGUGCAGAGAAUGAAAGACUCCCUCGUGUGCAAGAAGCUCGGGCCUCUCCUUCAAGACCUGCCUCUCCUUUCUGUGGAAGACGUCGUCCACGUGACCAUCAAAGGAAAGCUGCGUCCUCAGACUGGGACCGGGAAGUCUGUGUUCAUCGUGGAAGAUGAGGGAGACAACCUCAAGCCAGCGACCGCCGUGUGCUCGGUGGAGGAGCUGGCUUUGGCCCACUACAGGCAGAAUGGCUUUGAUCAAGGCAUCCACGGCGAAGGAUCCACGUUCGGCACGCUCUACAGCCUCCUGAUGUGGGACAUCCUGUUCAUGGAUGGUGUCCCCGACGUCUUCAGGAAUCCGUACCAGGCUUUUCCCCUGGAUUUGUACACUGACAGCUUUUAUGAGAACCGGCGAGAGGCCAUCGAAUCCAGGCUGCAGGAGCUGCACGAUGCUUCACCUGACAUGCUGCAGCAAUGGAUCGCUGAAGUGUGGGGGGCCCAGUAUGGAAAGGCAUCGGCACUGGCCUGCUGGGAGCGCUUCUCUUCCGUCCGGCAGGCCCAGAGCCUGGCACGUUCCUUCGGAGGUCCUUUUCUGAGCGGAGUUUGUCGACGGCUCUCCAAAGAUCUGCGUCACUGCAGAGGUGGCCUCCCUGACCUUGUCGUCUGGAGAACGGAAGACCGCCAGUUUAAGCUGGUGGAAGUCAAAGGGCCCAAUGACCGCCUCUCUCCCAAGCAGGUGAUAUGGCUGGCUGAGUUGCAGAAACUGGGGGCAGCGGUUGAGGUCUGCCAUGUGGUUGCCGUCGGCUCUAAAAGCAAACGCCUGAGCUGAAGGACUCUGCAGCGGUGGCAGGACUCAUGGCUAGUGUAACUGAAACGUUUUUGAGAUUUUGCCAGAUUCUCUGUUUUGCCUUUUAGAGGGGAAUAUCUCUAACUGUUUUCAGACAGUACUGAAUUGCAUUUUCAUUGUAAUGGGAAGUCUUCACUAUUAGGUUAAGGUAGGGUACCACUGAAUGGCUUUAUGUUGAAAUCUUGGGAAUAAAAUGGCUUUUUCAUGCUUGGCUGAAGGUUCUCACCUUUAGCAGUUCUAUUAAAAAGCAGGCCUGUGGCUGGUCACAGCUAAACAGGGUCAAAUGGCCACUGUUGAACGCUACAGUGACAUCCAGGAUGGGUUAGUAUGAUACACAACGGGGAAGCAGUGCAUAGACUCCGCUUGGUGCAAAAUGCUGCUCCUAAGAACAGAAAAACAGCCUUGCUGGAUCAGACCCAAGGUCCAUCUAGUCCAACGCUCUGUACACACCGUGACAAACCAGCUGCCCACAGGACCCUCCAGGAUGGCUGCAAGACCUCCUCCUGCCCAGCUCCUCAGCAACUGGUGCAUUUGAUAAGGCUUCGCUGAAAUGUGAUUAGCUGCUUGUUUAAAAACUUUUGGGCCUGGUUCAGAGUGGUUUUCAUCCUUUUAACUUCAAUCCAUUCAGGAUUGCACUAUUCUCAGGCAAGUUCCCUCUGUGUAGUAAUCUUUCCUUGCCAGACUAGCCUUCUCCACGGUGGUCCAAGUGAUUUGAAACAUCCUAUCGAGAUCUUUGAGCUUUCUUCGCAAGGUUGUUUUUGAAUGUGUGGUUUUUCCUAGGAUUUAACUAAUUUAAUCUGCCUUUAUACUGCUGUUCACAGAAACUGUCAAAGCAGUAUUUGACUGUUCAGCUUUAAAAUAAGACUACCUCGUUCUAUAUGGGUUCUAAAAAUACUCUUUAUUUUAACUGCUCCCUCCUUUUUUCGGGCAUGGAGGGAGUGCUGUUUUGGCAUGGUUUUGUCUUUUGUCAUCUUCGAAAACUAUUCUGCUUUAAGGUAAGGCAGCAGCAGCCCUGAUCUUCCUCCUCCUCUUAAAAUUGUGCAUCACCUUUCCAUGCUUUUUUGCAUAGGCCUCCCUUUUCCACAUGGCACAGAAAGAAACAGCCCAUUUUCCUGCAUGCAGCACAGCAGAAACUGAAUGGUGCUUCCAACAGAAGGAAGAAAGCAGGCCUGUUCUCCCCACAGCUCCAGUGUCUUGAGGCUCCCUUCUUGCUUAAAACAUGCAUUCCAUUGAACUGGACUGUUUCUUGCAGAUGUGUUCAAGUUGAAAAGCUGUUUCAUAACCCAUCUCAAAGGCAGUAACGAAUAUCUGAAAAAGCCAGUUCUCUGUGCACUUUGACCUCUGCAGUGGUACAAACAUUCAGGUUUUUUUUCCCUUCUGCUUAUGGUUACAUCAGCCAUCCUCAGACACGGUUCCUGAGAUCCCAGGGUUCCACUGGGGAUUUCAUGAGAGAUCAUGUAUGCAUGUUUAAAAAUCUUGUUUUCACACUCACGCGCAUGUGUGUUUAUAAUCUAAACACUCAUACAAGGUAUUUGUUUUAAUUAACGAGAAGAAUCGAAAAAUAGCUCCUUGUUCUUUUGUUUUUUGUUUUUGUUGACAACCUGUGGGUGGAGCAAAUGGAGGCAGGCACGAACGGGCAACAGGCCCUCGGUGGCUGGCAACGUGGUGGUGGAGGAAAUACAGCACAUGUAAUGAUUGUGACCUUUUAAAUGGCUAGUUCAAUGUCCUCUUUGUUCAAAGAUUUUUUGGCAGCUUUGCUGUGGUUGUAAAUGUUGUAAUUUGCCAAUAAAUGUUCAUGUUGUAUACAGCUCUGAUUAAGAUCGGGUUACCACCUUUACUUGCAUCCAAUCCCAGGGCCUGCCUUCAUAGUAAUUUUCAUGCAGGUGUUCCCAGAGACACAGAAAUUAUUUCCAGGGUUCCUCCAAGGUAAAA